UGCAAAACUAUUACUAUGGUAAGAACCAUCGUGCAACUACAAAAGAAAUUUAAUGUUGCCCUUAUUGGAUCGGCCGGAGGUAUCGGUCAGCCAUUUUCCCUCCUCCUCAAGCUCGACUCGUUGAUCGACAGACUUAACCUCUACGACCUGGUAAACGCCAAAGGCCUGGCUGCGGACUUAAAUCACGUCGAAACCGAUGUCAGGGCGCAGGGCUUCGAGGGCAAAUCCGAAUUGGAAUCCUCCUUGGAGUCCAUGGACGUCGUCAUGAUCGCCGCCGGAGUCCCUCGCAAGCCCGGUAUGACAAGAGACGACUUGUUUGACGUAAACGCCUCCAUAGUGAAGGAAAUCGCCGAGGCCGUUGUACAGGUAUGUCCUAAGGCGUUGAUCGGGGUCAUCACCAACCCCGUCAACUCCACGAUGCCGAUUGUAUCCGAGGUAUUCAAAAGAUGCGACAAAUACGAUCCAAGACGCAUCUUCGGUGUCACCACUUUGGACCUGGUGCGUGCCAACGCGAUGGUAGGCCGCGCGAAGCAUAUGGAUCCUCGCGACAUUUCGGUGCCCGUCAUCGGCGGACAUUCCGGAAAGACGAUCAUACCUCUGAUCUCUCGGACGAACGUUCCUCUGUCGUUCACAAACGAAGAGAUUAUCAAAUUGACGGAGGAUAUACAAAACGCUGGGACUGAGAUAGUUGAAGCGAAGGACGGAAUGGGAUCCGCAACUCUUGCGAUGGCGUAUGCCGCGGCGAGAUUCACCAAUUCCCUGAUUAAGGGUUUGAGGGGCGAUGCUGACGUGAUGGAGUACGCGUUUGUGGCAUCCAGUAUUUCCAGUGCGCCCUAUUUAUCGACACGCAUUAUUUUGGGCAAAAACGGGGUAGAGAAGAUUUAUCCUGUAGGAAAUUUGACUCCCUAUGAACAGGAUUUGUUGGACAAUGCUUUGCCUGUUAUACAGCAAAACAUCAAAGAUGGCAUUGAUUUUGUAAAAAAAUCUCCAAAGAUUUCUGAAGAAAAGAGCAAUUAAUUAACAUCGUUUUCCUAUUGUUUCUCUCGUUUUUAUUAUUGCUUCUGUUCAUUAUAUAUAAAGUUUAACUGAGUUCAUAAAAAAGGGGAUGCAAAUGUGAAUUUAAUAUGUUAUCGACUUGACCAUGGCUGAUCUCAUAUCGUUACUACGGUCUUCAAGCCAAGAAAGAAAAAAACACGGGCCAAAACUUUUCAGAACAGGCUUGGAGAUACGGUGAAAGUUCCGCAGCGUCCAUAAGUCGCAACAAAGUUUUUAUAUUAGUUUUUUAUGGAAUUGAUAAAAGACUUUUGAGAUUGAGUGACUUGGAUGCUUAUUGUGUGACGUUACGGAUUUAUUUGACUCAAUUAGUAGUUGUCCUGGAUUGUAAUGUGAAGGUAAUUUAUUGGGACGAGAACAACUAAAUUAUUGUGACUGACAAUUUAUUCCAGUGGAUAUAUCAGAAUCGCGUGUGGAGGCGGAUGUCAUUUCUAAAAUUACUUUUGUAUUAAUAUUUAAUUGUGUAUUCAAAUUUCCAUUUCCCAACUAACGUAAUUAAUAAACGUCCUUAAAAUGUUAAAA